AUGACUUUCAUUCGCCUGUGGGGUCUGGUGUGGACGGCUGCUUGGUGCUGGGCGCAGGCCUUUGAGAUCUCCAGCGCCAGCACUGGCCAAGUUGCGCGAGACCACGGGCACUCACAUGAUCACUCACAUGUUGCUGAAGUCUCAGCGACAGGGUCCUUAGUGCAGCGGAGUUACAUGCGUCAUGAUAACGAUUACGACUUCAACACGGGGUCGGAGGCUGAUAUGUACCAGUUGACACUCCUGGAAGGUGCACAGAGAGAUCAGACAACGCAGGCGAUUGUGACCCACGUGUGUAGCAAAGACUGGGCUCCAGGGGCUUUGGCGCUUGCUGCCUCUUUACGUGCAGCUGGAACUUCUCGGAAUUUGGUCCUGAUGGUCACAGAUACAGUUGGCAGACGCUACCAAAAACUCUUCGCUUCCGUCUUUGACAAGGUGUAUAUCGAGGAGCCAGUAAAGCCCCAUAAUGGCAUCACUCGAGACGGUGCCGACUGUGUAACGCUUCAGCUGAGGGCUUGGCAGCUGCCCUAUACGAAGAUUUUGUACAUGGAUGCGGAUAUCAUUGCUCUCAAGACCCAUGAUCCAGUCCUGGACACUUUCGGUGAGCUUUCUGCUCGUCAAGAUUCUGGGCUGUUAGCUCAGUUCAACGGCGGCAUGUUCGUGCUCGAGCCUUCAGCAGACAAGUUCAAGAAGCUGCGAGGACUAUUGAAGUCGCAAGAUGCAACAUCGACAGCUGUCGGCAGCAAUGGUGGCAUUCAGCAGUUCCUGAACUAUGCGUUUCCACCCUGCGCGCACGGGUCACAGGUAGGCUGUUGGCAAGGGGUGUUGGAAGAUACCUACAACAAGUUCACAAGGGACAUCAGCGAGACAGACCUCGAUGCGGACAAGUUCGCCAGCCUUCACUUCAGCGGCGACUGGGGUGGUGCCAGAAAGCCGUGGAUGUCGGGCUGCUUGCACACAUCGGAUUCCAUGACGCACCAGACAGGGUCCCUCCAAGGCAGGAUGUUGCAGAUAUGGAUGAACGCCUUUCAUCAAGUGCAAGCACCAGACGGUCUUGAAGACCUUCUGCACACAGACUGCCCCGGCGAAGAUGGCUGA